AUGGGCGAGGAAUGGAAGGAUCUGGUCGCGAAGAAACGUGCCGAGGGCGCCAAAGCUGUACCGCAAGAAUGGCGGCUGGCUCCAAAUAUUCUUGAAUCCGUCAGUGCCGAUGCCGAUAUCAGCGUCCUAGACGUGCCCGCAGAAUGUGGCAUUCUCACUCCAAAGGAGCUCGAGAUCACGGAAAAAUAUGACGCUGUUGAUCUGACGGCCAAAAUGGCUGCCAAAGAGCUUUCCGCUGUUGAGGUCACCCAGGCCUUCUGCAAAAGAGCUGCUAUAGCCCAUCAAGUGACGAACUGUUUGACAGAAAUCUUCUUCGAUAUGGCGCUCGAAAGAGCCAAAUACCUCGACGAGUAUAUGGAGAAAGAAGGUAAGCCCGUGGGCCCGCUGCACGGAAUGCCGAUAAGUUUGAAGGAUUCCUUCAACCUGGAGGGCACAUAUUCGACAAUCGGCUAUGUCUCGUUCAUCAACCGACCAGCAGCGGACUUCAACUCGCCUUUGGUCGACAUUCUUCUUCAGAAUGGCGCUGUGCUUUAUGUCAAGACUAAUCUUCCGCAAACAUUGAUGACGGCCGAUUCCGAAAACAAUGUCUUUGGCCGCGUGCUGAAUCCUCAUAAGCUCAAACUCACUGCUGGGGGUAGCAGCGGUGGAGAAGGUGCCCUUGUUGGCAUGCGAGGCUCACUUCUGGGUGUCGGGACGGACAUUGGAGGGUCAAUCCGAAUACCUGCCUUUUGUUGCGGAACAUAUGGAUUCAAGCCUUCUGUUGAUCGCAUUCCUUUUGGUGGCCAGACAAAUCCGGUGCUGGAUGGCUGGACAGGCAUAAUGCCAGCAGCAGGGCCUUUGGCCACAACCCCCCGGGACUUGCGACUAUUUCUGGAAACCGUCAUCAACUCGAAGCCUUGGGACUUUGACUAUACGGCACUCGCCAUGCCAUGGCAUCCUGUUGAACAGAAAAAGACUCUUACGGUUGGUGUCAUCCUCGAGUGUCCUACCUGGCCUGUCCAACCACCAAUUCUGCGAGCAUUGAAGACAGCAACAGAAAAGCUGAAGCAAGCCGGUCACAACAUCAUAAUGCUCGAGAAAUUUCCGUCGUUUAAAGAAGGCAACGAGCUGUCAUUCAAGUUUUUCGAUAUCGAUAAUGAGUGCACCGGAUUCAAACACAUUGAAGCCUCAGGGGAGCCAUUGGUCACCUCGGUCAAGGACAUGUAUACACCGCCUCCCGAGGGUCGUCCCGAUAAGACUCUGGGUGAUUUGUUUGACAUGAAUGAGCAACGUCUCAAAUUCCGAGCAGACUGGUUGAAGCUCUUUGUAGAGAACAAAUUGGAUGUUAUUAUGGCACCAGGAUCGCAUAAGACCGCUGUACCCCAUGACACUUUCAGAAUGCCACCGUAUACGGUCAUGUGGAAUCUCCUGGCGUACCCUGCCUGCAUUAUUCCAUAUCUCAAAGCGGACAAGAAUCUGGACCUUCCCGACCCUAGAAUUCCUGAUUAUCUACCAGAAGACGUCGACAAGGCGCCUUGCCACGUUCAGGUCAUUGCAAGAUCUGAGCACGAUGAAGAGCUAAUGUCUGCUGUGGAGGCGAUAUCGAAGAUCUUAGGGUCCUCUUGA